UCACGCAAGUCGAGAAAACAUAAAACUUCAUGCACGAAAGGAUCAAUUGAAGAUGUCAACGUAAAGAGUGGAGUUGCGGUCGAACUAUUUCAAGGGGAUAUGCUGCUUUCAAAAGAACAACAGGAAGAAGUUGCCAAGGAUAGCGAGAGUCGACCCAAACGACAAGCUCUCAAUGAUAAAACCUACCCUGGUAACAGAUGGCCACAUGUCGUCAGUUACACACUCGACAAUACUUUAGAUAACAAGACCAAAGAGGCAUUCAAGAAUGCCAACGUAUUUAUGGAUGAACGACACGUGCAUUGA